AUGCAGGCUUUUGGAACGGUGACGCGCGGCGGGGGUUGCGCAUCAUCAGCGCGCCGCGCUGGCGCCGUGAGCUUUAACCGCGGCAGGGGCUGGGCCGUUUGCAGGCGUGAGAUCGCUGUUGCGGCGACGGAUUGCCCCCCACCCCGAAACCUGAAAACGAAAGGGGACCCAGCCAGGGCUGCGGCUCUCGGAAGCGGGGCCAUCAUCACCACCGCGGCUGGAUUGGUCCCGGCGGCCAUGGCGGCGGAGGGUCUCGAUCUGACGGCCCAAUCUCUGACGGGGUUCGACGUUGGCGCCCUCAUCGCGGAGCACCCCAACGGCGCGGCGCUGGCCGCCCUGGGCGGCAUCUUCGCAGUGAAGCUCGGCGCCAUGGCCGUGCAGGGCUUGGCCGGAAAAGUGAGGACCAUGCAGCCUUACAAGAUAGCCCAGGUGGUGAAAUCGACGCGCAGGGUUGUGGUGGUGGAUGUGCGCAGCAAGGCGGAGAAGGAGGGUGGCGGGCCGGAUUGGGGCCAAUACGGUAAAAGGGCAGUGGCGCUGCCCUACAAGCGGACCGGGGACGGCGCUUUUGGAAAGAGGUUUGCGCGCCUGCGGGGUGUAGGGCGGGAUGCGCUGGUGGUGCUGGUGGACUCCGACGGUAGCCAGGCCGCGUCUGCCGCCAGGGAUAUCCUCAAGGCGAAGGACAUCGGAUCGAUCUGCUGCAUUCAGGGUGGCGCCAAGGGGUGGAGGGCCGCGCAGAUGCCGUGGCGAACGCCUGCUGGCCUGAAGCUGCCGGCUGUGAGCGUCGACGGCAUCGUGGACUCCUACCGCGCCCACCCCGGGCCCUACAAGCUGGCACUUGGCGCCUACCUGUUCGCCCUCUCCGCGGGGCUGCUCAUCAGCGAGGCGGACGUCGUGCUGGAGGUGGUGGGACUGCUGGGCGCCGGCCAGCUGCUCCUGCGCCGCAUGGUCUUCGCCGAGGACAGGAGCGCCACGAUCCGGCAGCUGCGCGAGAUCAGGGACGAGAAGAUCGGCGUGGGGAGCGCGGGGGAGGACCUGAGGCGGCUGGCCAGCGCGGUGUUCGACGGGAAAAAGGAGGAGUCGGUUGUGACGGCCUUGACGCCUGCGGUGAACGGCGUCGCCGACACGAACGGCACCGAUGAUGUCGGUUCCGCGGAGCCGGUGGUUGGCACCGGAGCGGACGCGGCCCCUGUGGCGAUGGGCGGUGCGCAGUGA